AUGCACCUGCCCAGUCGACUUCCCCACAGCCACUACCUCAGCGUCCUGUCAGGGAGUCAUGGCUGCUGGGGCGGGGGUGGGGAGGGCAUGGAGAAUCAGAGACAGUCUGGCCAUUGCUGCCGGUGCCUGACGUGCAGGUGGCAGCUGCACCUAGGGCGCUGGCAGGGACUGUAUAGUAAACCAGGGAAAAAAUGGAAAGUUAUGACUCAGGAAUUUAUUAAUCAGCACACAGUGGAACACAAAGGAAAACAAAUCUGUAAAUACUUCCUGGAAGGGAGAUGUAUUAAGGGAGAUCAGUGUAAAUUUGAUCAUGAUGCAGAGUUGGAGAAAAGAAAAGAGAUCUGUAAAUUUUAUUUACAAGGAUAUUGUACCAAAGGAGAGAAUUGCAUUUAUAUGCAUAAUGAAUUUCCUUGCAAGUUCUAUCAUAGUGGAGCAAAAUGUUACCAGGGAGACAACUGUAAGUUUUCCCAUGAUGAUCUAACUAAAGAAACAAAGAAACUUUUGGACAAAGUGUUGAAUACUGAUGAAGAACUCAUAAAUGAAGAUGAAAGAGAAUUAGAGGAACUUAGAAAGCGUGGCAUAACUCCUCUUCCCAAACCACCUCCGGGGGUUGGGCUUCUGCCAACCUCUCCAGAGCAUUUUCCCUUUUCUGAUCCUGAAGACGAUUUUCAGACAGAUUUCUCUGAUGAUUUUAGGAAAAUUCCAUCUCUUUUUGAAAUAGUUGUAAAACCUACUGUGGAUUUAGCGCAUAAAAUUGGGAGGAAGCCACCAGCAUUUUAUAACAGUGCCUCACCACCAGGACCACAAUUUCAGGGAAGCAGUCCACACCCUCAGCAUAUCUAUAGUUCUGGGUCAAGUCCAGGUCCUGGACCUAACAUGUCUCAGGGACACAGUAGUCCUGUGAUGCACCCAGGCUCCCCUGGACAUCACCCAUGUGCAGGACCUCCUGGUCUACCAGUGCCACAGAGCCCACCUUUACCACCUGGUCCACCUGAAAUUGUAGGUCCUCAAAAUCAAGCUGGAGUACUUGUUCAACCAGACACAUCUUUGACACCACCAAGUAUGGGUGGGGCUUACCACUCCCCAGGCUUUCCAGGACAUGUGAUGAAAGUGCCCAGAGAGAAUCACUGUUCUCCAGGUUCAUCAUACCAGCAAAGUCCUGGUGAAAUGCAGCUUAACACCAAUUGUGAGUCCCUGCAAAACCCAGCUGAGUUUUAUGAUAAUUACUAUGCACAGCAUCCUGUACAUAAUUUUCAGCCACCCAGUAACUCUGGUGAUGGGAUGUGGCAUGGCGAAUUUGCCCAGCAGCCGCCUCCUAUUGUUCAAGACUCACCUAACCAUGGGAGUGGGUCUGACGGCAGCAGCACCAGGACAGGCCAUGGCCCUCUGCCUGUAGCAGGCCUCCUCCCUGCGGUGCAAAGAGCUCUUUUUGUCAGACUUACUCAGAGAUACCAAGAAGAUGAAGAACAAACCAGCACCCAACCUCAUAGAGCACCAAGCAAGGAAGAAGGUGUGUCAGAAGUUAUUAAUAGCAUCUUACCUAUUUGGAUGGGUUAAAACUUUUAAAUGGCCGAGGCAGGCGAAUCACUGGAGGUCAG